AUGGGCCAAUUCGACUGGUUUUCCUCUAUUGGCGCAACGGACGAGGCUGUCGCUGUCCUCAACGAUCAGCCCAUGAUCUUCACGAUUCUUUUGGUCGUCCUUGUCGCCGUCAUCCUGCAAUCUGUUCUCCUUUGGUACAUCCAUUAUGCCACUAUGAAGCCCGAACAGCGCAAAGCAAAGCAGGACCAGAAGGAUAAGAAGAAGGCGGCAAAGACAGCGAAGACAUCCAAGACGUCGAGAUCAGACAACGCACGGAAAUAA